GACUCUACUGCGCAUGCGUUCGAAAUGCUAACAGGUCCAGUUAGCUUCCUGUUGACAGCUGAGUCCUCUCGCUGGUUUCACAGAGAAAUAAAACUUUACUAUAAUUGUAACUGAACUGUGAGAGAGUGGCUGGUUGCGACGGCUUGUCGUCUACAAAGAAAAACUUCAGUCAAGCUAACAGCAGCUAACAGCAGUUAGCUUGUUGUUGCUGUUGUUAGCCCGUGUGAUGGAGCGCAUUUAGCUGCAGUUCGGCUACAAGCUAACAGCUGCCGACAAUGAUAAAGUUCAUGCUCAUGGUGAACCGGCAGGGUCAGACCAGACUGUCCAGGUAUUACACACCUGUGGAGCUGAGCAGGAGAGCUGUGCUGGAGGCCGACGUGGUCCGCUGCUGCCUGAGCCGCAAGAAGGACCAGUGUUCCUUCGUGGAGUAUAAAGACUUCAAACUGGUCUAUCGUCAGUAUGCUGCUCUGUACAUCGUGGUGGGAGUCACAGACAGCGAGAACGAGCUGUCCGUCUACGAGCUGGUUCAUAACUUUGUGGAGGUUUUGGAUAAAUACUUCAGCCGGGUGAGUGAACUGGACAUCAUGUUCAACCUGGACCGAGUCCACAUCAUCCUGGACGAGAUGAUCCAGAACGGACACAUCGUGGAGACGAACAGGAGCCGCGUGCUCGCACCGCUCACCGCUCUCGACAAGAUGGCCGACAGCUGAGGCUCACAAACCCGCAGGAAGUGAUGUCACAGAUUGAAGAAGCAACGUUGGCGCAACAGAAGUCAGAUGGCCCGUGUUGAUGCUCUGAUUAGCAUGUUAGCAUGCUAAUACAGCAGCAUGGACUCAGUUCAGAUGGUCGACUUCACUGAAAUCUGGUUCUUUAGACGUGAACACACAGAUUAAAGGGUCAGUUCACCAAAACUAUAAAGACGUCUGCAGUUAUCGUCAUGACAUGUUGACUUUGUGUGAAGAGUGAUUCUGGUGCCGAAACACAAACAAACAGUUUUAUUUUGUAAUAAAAGUUAAAGUAUAAAAUGAGUCAAA